UUGGAGAUAUUUCUGCUUCAUCACUGGCCAGCCAGUUUGGUAGUUUUGUAAGUUAUCCGUUGACAGUCAGCAGAGCUAACUAACACAACCAAAACACGAAACACAGACACCAAAAUAGCAUGGCUUGCUUAUCUUGCACUUCCAUUUCCGUGCCCAAAGCUGUUGCUCAUCCCUUUGCGUCUCUUACCAACAACCCGUCUCCUCCCCAAGAAGUCAAAUCAAAUCCUAAACCAAGAACUACAACUCGACCCAGAAAAAGGAGACAACGUUUGCACCAACAAAAGCCGCAGCCUCCUUCAAUCAUCCAAAUUGAACGUGCCAUUGGUGCAGGCUCCUUCCGGGACGCCGACUCCAGUGAUUUGGAGCAUAGGAGGAGAACGGUAUUUGAUGGGCUUUUGCCAAUUACUGGUGGUAAAUUUGAAGGAGAAAUUGAGAGGAAGCUCCGCGAGACUGGGGAGUGGAUUGGUAGCAGAACUGAAGCAACCUUUCGUUCCUCCGGAAAAAGAAUUCUGUUGGUUGUGCUUCAAUGGUUCCUCCCAAUUUGGACCUUUUCUCUCCUAGUGGCUUCUGGAGUUAUAAAACUACCAUUCAGCACACCUCUGAUUGAUGACCUCAUCAUGUGAAAAUAGAUUCAAGAAUGGACGUGAAGUUACAUAUAUGAUAACAGGAUGAAUGGUUUCCAAGGACACUCCAAGUAAAUACAUUAGUUUCAGUUGCCAUUACUAUGUCUAGAUGUGAUAUGGUUUGUACAUGUUAAUUUGAAGCUUCUUGCUUGUUAUGAUGUGAUCAAGGUCAUUCCCUGUCUAUUAAUAAAUAAUUGUAGUAAAUUUUUAUCAUGUGGGUGUGUGUCAUUGUAUUUAAAGUGAUGAAUAGGAACAUGUGUAAAAAUUAUGAUAUUUGUGAUUAUCUCCUUUUAUUAAUUAUCAGGCUGCGAAAUAUAUUUCACAU